AUGUCUAAAACAGACGGCUUGAUCAACUGUCAAGUGAUACACAGUGAGAUCGUCACUCUCAUCGCUCUGCAGUAUGCGAACAUUCUGGUGAACUCCCAUCCUCAAAUAGCACAAGGGGUCCAGAAUCACAGCUACUUUCGCACCAAUCCCACGUCCAGAAUUUACUACAGUUUACUAUAUAUCCAAGGCGUGUGCGGAACACCAGAAGAGAGAAACUGUGUGAGCAGAAUAGUCAACAAGGCCCACCGCGGAGUGAGAGGGCGAAACUACAAUGCAAUGGAUCCCAAGCAGCAGCUCUGGGUUGCUAGUUGCUUUUUCGUCGCAACAUUAACCGUGCAAGAGACCUUCUUCGGGCUGCUGGAUGAGCAAUUGACAGAGGCCCUCUACCAAGAUGCAUCCCGAUUUGGCACAUCCCUGCAGAUGCCUCUGGAAAUGUGGCCAGAAAGCAUCCACAAAUUCUGGGAAUAUUGGAACCAUGAGAUUCGCCAUUUUGAAGCGACGCCUGCAGUACUUAGUGUGGCUCGUGAUGUUCUAUAUCCUCACAACCUACCCCUCUGGAUAUUGGUUGCCUCGCCUAUUCUGCGCAUCUUUACGAUCCAUUGGCUCCCCGAGGCGUAUCGAGCGCGUGGUUCGGGUGAAGUCCGACAUCUGUACGAGAUUGCUGGCACAUUCCCUGGCUGCAGUGGCACCCGCACGUUGAGCGACAACAUUGCCGAUCUGAAGGCGGCCGUCGCGUCGAACCAAAAGGGGACACCACCAAGCUCGAACAAUAUAGCUGUUAUGAUGGCAAAUUGGAGUCUGGCCCCUAAAAAGUUCCCAGACCCCCAAUCUAUCUGGUAA